AUGUCUGUUACAGGCUUUAAAAACACCGAUGAGAGGGUACCCUUAAAUCACAGCAUCGAGAAGGAGAAAACCAUAAGACAUAUUGGUUAUUUGUUCUCCUCAUACUCUGUGCAAAAAAUUCAGGUUGGAAUCUGUUUGCUUCUAGCAGAGCUGUGUGAGAGGUUCGUUUUCUUCGAAGUCGUCUGCAAUAUGAUUCCCUUCUGUAUUGUCAAGCUUGGUAAUCGCAAUUACCAGGCCGCCAUUUUGAACCUGUGUUUUAUUGGAGCGUCAAUCCUUACCCGGGUGUUUGCAGGUUGGCUUGCUGAUGUCUGCCUAGGAAGAAACAAACUGGUCCAUAUUUGCUUAUUUCUGCAUUUUCUAGGCUCUGCUUUAUUAUCUGUGGCUGCCUUUCCCUUGGAGGAUUUCUACAUAGGCACUCACCAUCUGAUUAACAACGUACCCAGAAAAGAGCACAGGAGGCUAUUUCACGUAGCACUGUUGGCUGUCUGUCUCGGCACAGGAGGAAUCAGAGCUAUAGUCUAUCCAUUGGGUGCUUACAGCCUUCAGGAGUGUGGAUCCCAGAAACGAACAUGCCUUUUUAACUGGUUUUAUUGGAUCAUGAACCUGAGUGCAACUGUGGUCUUUCUGGGAAUAUCUUAUAUCCAGCACUCAGGGGCCUGGGCCCUGGUUUUACUUAUUCCUUUUAUGUCCACACUUAUGGCUCUGAUAACUCUUUAUAUGAUGCACUAUAACCUGAUUUAUCAGCCAGAAAAAUGUUGCUCCCUCCUGACAACAUUCAGGGUGUUUGUUAAUGCACUGAAAACAUGUUGUCUGCAGUAUUGCCACCUUGGCGGAGGUGUGACAAGCUGGUUGGGCCAUGCCAAGGAAAAAAAUGGCGGUCGCUACAGUGAGCUCCUUGUGGAAGACACAAAAUUUUUCUUCAACCUUCUGCCACUCUUUAUUUUUCAUCUCCUCUACAAAACGUGCAUUAUACAGAUUCCUUCAGGAUAUUAUCUGCAGACCGUGAAUUCCAGUCUUAAUCUGCGUGGAUCGCUUCUGCCAGUUUCAGUCAUGAAUGUCGUCAGUAUCCUACCACUACUCAUUCUGGCUCCUUUCAUGGGCUAUUUCAGCACCGGCCUGCUUCCCUCUAAGAGAGAUGGCUCUUUUCUGUCAGCAUGCAUUCUCGCUGGCAAUCUUUCUGCUGCAUUGUCAGUGUUGGUAGCUGGCUUCUUUGAAACACACAGAAAGCACUUCCCUCCAGUGGAGCAACCUCUUUCAGGCAAAGCUGUCACCGUCUCCUCCAUGCCCUGGUCCCACCUGGUUCUUCAGUACGUUUUACUCGGAGUGGCUGAAACCCUGGUCAACCCAGCCUUCUCUGUAAUAUACAGAUUUGUUCCAAGUACCAUCAGAGGAACCUUUAUGAAUUGCUUGACACUGACCAGUGGAUUUGCCUGUUUCAUGGGGGCACUGCUGUUGGAGUUGGUCUACCUCAUCUCAGAAGGUUUCUCAACAGGGCUGUAUUCAACAAGGGUCAUAGAUAACCCUCUGAAAAG